ACCGUCGGACAUCGUUUGGAUUACGCGUUGCCGUGUGCGAUUGUCGUUUCGUCGUAGUUAUCGUCGCCGUCGUACUGUUUGAUCGUGUGGACGUUUUUUCGAUUACUCCGAAAACGAUUCCGUUCGACAUCUCCCGCGGUGUUUUAACAGUUUUAUUUUUUUGUUUUUGAUUUUUAUAUACAUCGUGACGAAAAAUAGUGAUCGACGUCCGGCGUGCGUGAGUACAAAAAUAAUAAUAUUAUUAACGUUAGCGGACAGCGAGGUAUACCGUAUCGCGUAUACACCGUUGUCGUUUUGAAAUCUUCAAACCGACCGUCGCUAUAAAUCAUUUCGUCACACUCUUACGCGCGUUUCGAUGCGCGUGGCGGCGGCGGCGGCGGUGAUCGGUCGCGCGGGCGUCACUCGUGUGGCCGGCGUCGUGACGACGUCGACGCCGUCACCACCGACCCCGGCGCCUACGUCGUCCGGCGGCCACGCGCGGGCGACGGGCCGCGCCGCGUGAUGGCCCGCCGGUGGCAUCUGUGGCUGGCGGCCGCGGUGCUGGCGGUCGCCAGCGCGACUCUGGUCCGGGCCGACGCUUGCCCGGACGUGUGCCAGUGCAAGUGGAAGGGCGGCAAGCAGAGCGUCGAGUGCCGCGACAAGUCGCUGAUCACCGUGCCGACGGGCAUCGACACGGUAACGCAGGUGCUGGACGUGUCCGGCAACAACCUGCAGAUACUCCCGGGAAGCGCGUUCGCUCGGCUCGGGUUGCUCAACCUGCAGCGCGUGUACUUGUCCCGGUGCCGGAUCGGGCUGAUCGACAGCCGCGCGCUCAAGGGCCUGACCAACGCCGUGGAGCUCGACCUGUCCGGAAACAUGCUGACCACGGUGCCCACGGACACGCUGGUCGACGUGCCGCUGCUCCGGGACCUGUCGCUGGCUGGUAACCCCAUACAGCGCGUCGGGGCCGAAGCGUUCCGGCACUGCACCGGCCUCGUCCGGUUGGACUUGUCGAGAUGCGAGUUGCACGAGAUCGCGGCGGGUGCGUUCGUGGGCAUCGACCAGCUGGAGCUGCUCAAGCUGAACAACAACCGACUGACGGAGCUAAUGGCCGGCACGGUGGCCACGCUGCACAAGGUGCACGGCGUCGAGCUGCACGACAACCCGUGGCACUGCGACUGCCGCAUGAGGCCGGUCAAAGUGUGGCUGACCGACAAUAACGUGCCGACCACUGUCGAUCCGGCGUGCGCCACUGGCCCGGGUCGCGUGGCCAACCGCACGUUCUCCGCGCUGGCCGCCGACGACUUUGCGUGCCAGCCCGACAUACUGCAGCAGGACGACCAAACCGUGCACGCGGCCACUGGCGACAACGCGUCAGUAUCAUGUCGCGUCCAAUCGUCGCCGGCCGCCAAGGUUUCGUGGUACUGGAACGGCCGGCCGUUGGCAAACAACACGGCGUUUGGCCCGUUUCAACGGGUGUUCAUGACCGAUGACCGGACGGCCACAAGCGGUGGCACUGGCCACAGUUCAUUGCUGCUCACUAACGUCCAACCGUCCGACUCGGGACAGUUCUUGUGCGUGGCCGAGAACCGGGCCGGCCGGGCCGAGGCCAACUUCACGUUGGUCGUCACCCGACUCGGUGGCCUUGCGUUCUUGGCCAACGGCCAGGUGGCCGGCCUCAGCGUGUUCCUGGUGUUCCUCAUAGUCACCAUACUGCUGGUCAUCGUUUAUCUUCUGGUCCGGAUCAAGCGACUACCACCCGCGUCCACUCGGUCCGACGGUAAGCCGCACCAGCUGGUCACUACCGCGGCAUCGGCGACCAGCAAUGGCACGGCCGCCGUAGUGGUGCAGGUCAAGCAGCCCGCGUCAGGCCCGAACACCGCUCCGGCCGCAGCCACUACGGUGGUCGCGUCAUCAGUGGUGGCGGUACCGGGUGGCCCGUACGGUGGAUACGGCAACGCGUUCGACCACACGUUGGCCGCGGAGGCCGUGGUCGGUGGGAUCAGGAGACCCGAAAAGCUCACCGAACUGUCGUUCGCGGCCGACCACUACGAGGCCACUGGUUUCGGCCACAACGGCGUGCUCGACACCGGCCGGACUGUGCUAUACCGGAGCCAAGCGUCCAAUCCGGACCUAAUAGUGGACGCGCCCGAACAGCAGCCACCGAGCGCCGCACACCAUCAGCCGGCCAGGAGGUCGGCGAGCGGCGAGUACAGGAGGACGGCUGAUGAUUCGCUUUACUCGCCCGGUUUUUGGACGGCGUCGGACGCAGCGGCCAACGACCGGACGCCGAUCAUAGAGAAGUCGCCGCCCCUACCCGCGGUCGGCGCGAGCGUCAGAGAAACGGUGGCCGCGCCGCCGGAUCCUAAGGCGGCCAGUCUCAGGGUGUGGAAACACGGGGUGCAAGUGAUGCCGCCACUGAGCGCGCUCAAGCGGGCCUUGAACAAGGGGUCGCCGGACGAAGGAUACCAGGAAGGAUGCGGAACCGACGUCUGAUCUCGACCGAUACUCUUAAGUGAAAAAUAAAGAAGCGACUGCGGCAACGGGCAAUUAGACGACGGAUCCGUUUAGGCUACAUAUAUAGCUGAUAUGCAGAAGAGAACGUGCUGAGUAAAACAAACAUCGUCUCAGAAUUCGUUUGCGUGAAACGUCUAGUACUAUGCACGAUGGAAAUCGAAUCCAGUCGAAUGUUUUAAUGGCACGCGCUAUUGUAUUAUAAUGUUCUACGAUAUAAACAUUCUUCUUUUACGCGCGUGCACGGGGGACAUUGUAAAUAUUGGUCUUAGUUAUUAUUAUAAUAAAAACGCCGGUGCCGUAAUAUUAUUAUAUUAUAUCCCACCAAAAACGGUUUCUCGGUCGGAUAAAUUUAAUUAAAACCACCUACGCGCGACGGACGUCCGCAUAAUCUCACACGGUAGACGGUCUAGCCCAUGCCGGUCGUUCGUAUUGUUCGACGAAAUUCCGAAUUUUACGCGAACAGCGCUCGUAAAACUCGCUGAUGGCGUUUGCGGUGCCGUGCACUCUAAUCGAUACGCGUAUAUUAUACGAAUGCUCGUGUUACUAUAAUACGCACGUAUAUGAUACGCACACAUACACACCAUGUCAUCGUGUUCGGGGAGAAAUAGAGAAAAAAGAAAAAUCCACCGUCUCGCCGCGGAUCCAUUUCGAGGGUUAAUCAGUCACGUUGAGCGGACAACGAAAUACACCCGCCGGACCCUAUCGAAGAUAAUAGAGAGUGAGAGAGAGAGAGAGUUCGGAACUUUACCCGUUCCGAGAAAACUGUUAAGUUAAUAUAUAUAUA